AGCGUUUGGCUGUAUUUAGCGGAAGUAGAAAGGGUGUCGCUAGUGGCAUUCACAAAACUUUACAAUUUGUACCAACAUUCUCGUUUAAAUCACCGUAAAUGGCUUACCCAGGAUACGGUGGGUAUGGCAGCCCAAUGCCACCCCAAGGAAUGCCUGGAGGGCCAAUGGGGAGACCACUGCCCAAUCACAUGGGUGGACCAAUGCUUGGCCCAAUGGGAGGCGCACCGCCCCAGGUUGGUGGAUAUGCCCCCUAUGGAGGAGGCUAUCCGGGCACAUAUGGCGCUUUGACCCCAGCUGCCAAUGACCCAAUGUGGGGUUACUUCACAGCCAUUGCUGGCCAGGACGGUGAGGUGGAUGCAAUGGAGUUGCAGAGGUGUUUAACUCAGUCUGGCUUCACCGGAACCUACAGCCCAUUUAGCCUGGAGACGUGCAGAAUCAUGAUUGCGAUGCUCGAUAGGGAUUUCACAGGCAAGAUGGGCUUCAGUGAGUUCAAGGAGCUGUUUGUGGCGCUCAACGGCUGGAAGCAGAACUUCACAAUGUUUGACCGAGACAGGAGUGGUACUGUUGAGCACCAUGAGCUGACCCAGGCAAUCAGCUCUAUGGCAGGAUACCGCAUCAGUCCUCAGGCUCUAAACGCCAUCAUCAAGCGCUACAACAAAGGCGGUCGCAUCUACUUUGACGACUACGUGGCCUGCUGCGUCAAGCUCCGUGCCCUCACAGAUCAUUUUAAGAGGAGAGAUACCAUGCAUCAAGGCUCUGUGCACUUCGGCUACGAUGAUUUCAUCCUGUGCACAAUGGCCAUAUAGGGAGGUGCUGGUGGGCGGAGCUCUGAGUCCCAAAUCUCUUGGGGAUCCAAUCAGGGAUUGUCCAAAGACCAAUCACUGUACAACAAUAUCAAUCGUGGCCAGUCGGGUCUCUGGAGGGGUUACAGACAAGUGACUUUGUUGCCUGUAAAGCUUGCUAUAACAUUUAGAAUGUAUUUUCUGAUUGAUGCACACAUACUCAUAUCAUUUAAAUGUAUAAAGCCAAAGGAUAGUAAUAGUUUGAAUAAGAGAUUCUGUGACACCUGUGCCAUUUAAUACCUGCAUAUAUGAAUGGGUUAUAUGCAAUGUGUAUUUUUUUUCUAGUCUCCAAAAGAGAGAGCGCACAUAACUGAAGUCGGAGAGAUGAUAUUUUCUUACUCAGACUGUUUUUUCAAUCUUGUGUGCUUUGUGUUGAUUGUCUUUGUACAAUGGUGUAUUUUUCCAAGCGCAUUUACACGUGUGUUCAAUUUCAUUAAAGGACAUAAGAACAUA